UGAUUCAAAACAAUUAAAAUCAUGGAUAAGAAUAUUAAUCAAAGAGGUUUUUUUUACUUGAUAAAGGUAUUUAACUGAUUACUACUUAGUGUAACGGUAGCAUUUUAAUACUUUACUUAAUUGACUAAUUAACCCAUUUCUUACAAAGCUUAAAUUGUGUUGAGUAUUUAUUUCAUAUUCAUUGACAAAAAUGGUUCUUAUUGAUUUAUCGAGAAAAGCGAUUAUGUUGAUCGCUGCAUCGUUAUUAGUUGGACUGGUCAUCUGUAUCUCUAUUUUGGUUCCUCAUCUGCAACAAUCACCAUCAACACCAACGAUUUCAGUCGUACAAAAAGAAGUACUUUCGAAUUUUUUUGUUCCAAGAUGGACUCGUUAUACUUCGUCCUUUUCGAUCGAAAACGCUUUCGUUGCUGAUAUUGACGCAAACCAUCAGCCGAUUUAUAUUUGUCGAGCUGUGUAUUCUUCUUAUGUGUUCGACGAAGAUAUUGACCUAAUUCCAGGACUUUUUGAUCCAAAGAAAGGCGUUUGUAUCAUUUCUUAUGGUUAUUCUGCUUACGAAUACAAAGAGUUCCAAGUGCUGACUACUGAAGACCAGUCAUCUUUGAUUUGGGUGGAAACAUCUCAUGGAAUAGCACCAGAAGGAGUGGUCAUUGGAGGUCAAACAACUAAAGAAGAUGAACUACCAAUAGCUAAAUUUGAAAAAGAAGGUCAAAUACUGAUUGGUAGCGUUCAUGAUCGAUAUGGUUUAGCUUUCGCUGCUUUCGAAGGAACAGAAACUGAAAGUUCUUAUUACCAUGUACUUUGCAUGGAAGAGAUUACGAUAUAAAAAUUUCAUUUUAAUUCUUCUGUUUUUCAGUCAAGAAUUAGAGAUUUUCUAUUGUAUAUUUAUUACAUGUAAUAUCUUUUACCAUUGAGUUGAUUAAAGUUUUUCUAAUGGGUUGAUAACUUUAAUCUUGCUAGAAAUCACAUUGUCUUGUUGAUUGAGGUGUUUCUUUAUCCAAUUGAUCGUUAAUUGCUACUGUUUUACUCGAGAAUAGAAUAUUUUCAUUCCUGUUGAUGUGAGAAUCAACUUAAUUGUCCAUUUUACAUAUUCCAUCAGUGAUUAACAUGAUAGAUUUAAGAAAAUUGUCUAAAAAGACUAUCGGAAUCGGUGUUUUUUCUUUAGUUGGAUUAUCACUUUCUCUUUGCAUUUUGGUCCUGAUACUUGGAAAAUCAUCUUCAAAAUCCUCACCAUUAAUAGAAAAAG